GCCGACAUCAACAAAUGUGAGAUGGAAGGACGGUCAUCUCUGUUUUAUGCAUCACUAAAAGGUCAUCUUCCUGUUGUUGAAAAACUUCUUGAACAUGGUGCCGACAUCAACAAAUGUGAUAAUGAAGGUCGGUCAUCUCUGCAUUCUGCAUCACAAAAUGGACAUCUUCCUGUUGUAGAAAAACUAAUUGAACAUGGUGCCGACAUCAACAAAUGUGAUAAUGAAGGUGUGUCAUCUCUGCAUUUUGCAUCACAAGGUGGACAUCUCCCUGUUGUUGAAGAACUUAUUAAACAUGAUGCCGACAUCAACUAUUGUGAUAUUGAAGGACAGUCAUCUCUGCAUUUGGCAUCACAAAGUGGUCAUUUACCUGUUGUUGAAAAACUAAUUGAACAUGGUGCCGACAUCAACAAUUGUGAUAAUGAAGGUUGGUCAUCUCUGCAUAUGGCAUCACACAAUGGACAUCUCUCUGUUGUAGAAAAACUAAUUGAACACGGUGCCGACAUCAACCAUUGUGAUAAUGACGGUCGGUCAUCUCUGUUUUUUGCAUCAAGCAAUGGACAUCUCUCUGUUGUAGAAAAACUUAUUGAACAUGGUGCCGACAUCAACAAAUGUGAUAAUGGAGGUUGGUCAUCUCUGCAUUUUGCAUCGUGCGAUGGAAAUCUCCCUCUUGUUGAAAAACUUUUGGAACUUGGUGCCGACAUCAACAAGUGUGAUAAUGAAGGUCGGUCAUCUCUGCAUUGGGCAUCACACAAUGGCCAUCUCCCUAUUGUAGAAAAACUAAUUGAACAUGGUGCCGACAUCAACAAAUGUGAUAAC